AAAAAAAAAAAGAAAAAAAAAGAAGAGAGAGAGAAGAAAAAAAAAAAAAACCCACACAGGAGGAGGCAGGAGCCUAUUUUGCCUCCCAGGCAAUAUUUCUGGAGCCAAUCGGAAUGCGCACCCACCCUGCCCUGCUCCCUAAUUAAAGGCUUUAAGCAGGCGGCCGGGGCCGGAGGUUUGGGCACAGUCUCUCGGUGGCUCCUCGCGAAGCAGCCGCAGCGCCGGAUCCCGCUCGGGGCACGCCAGGCCUCGGCAGCCGCCAGGUUGGGGGGUCCCCGGCCCGGGCAGGCAGCUGCCCCCUCCCCGCUCCCAGCGAUGAGCGGCUCUUUCGAUAAGAAGCUCUCCAGCAUCCUGACGGACCUCUCGGGCUCGCUGAGCUGCCAUGCAGCCUCCAAGGAUUCUCCCACCCUGCCGGAGUCCUCGGUCACCGACCUGGGCUACUACACGGGCCAGCACGACUACUACCCGGGCCAGUCGUACGGGCAGCCCGUGGGCCACUACCCCUACCCCCAGUUCAACCUCAACGGCAUCGGCACCGCCGGCACCUACUCGCCCAAAUCCGAGUAUUCCUACAGCCCCUCGUACCGCCAGUACGGCCACUUCAGGGAGCAGCAGCUCCCGGCGCAGGAGGCAGUGUCCGUGAAGGAGGAGCCGGAGCCGGAGGUGCGGAUGGUCAACGGGAAGCCCAAGAAGAUCCGCAAGCCCCGCACCAUCUACUCCAGCUACCAGCUGGCCGCCCUGCAGCGCCGCUUCCAGAAGGCGCAGUACCUGGCGCUGCCCGAGCGCGCCGAGCUGGCGGCACAGCUGGGGCUCACCCAGACACAGGUGAAGAUCUGGUUCCAGAACCGGCGCUCCAAGUUCAAGAAGCUCUACAAGAACGGCGAGGUUCCCCUGGAGCACAGCCCCAACAACAGCGACUCCAUGGCCUGCAACUCUCCUCCCUCGCCGGUGUGGGACAGUCCCGGCGGCAGCGCCCGGACCCCGCUGCCGCAGCCGCUGCCCUACAGCUCCUCUCCGGGGUUCCUGGAGGAGCACAACCCCUGGUACCACCCCCAGAGCCUCAGCGGCCCCCACGGACCCCACCAGGCGCAGGCGGCCCCCCCGAUGCACCACCCGUCCCCCGGGCCCCCCAGCACGGGCGCCGUGUACUGAGGGUGGCCAGGGGCUCAGAGACUCUGCACAACUCCUUGGCCUCCUUUUCUCCCCCCUCAAACCCCUCCUCCGCCCCCGUUUUGGUUUUGUCUCCUUAUUUUUCCUAAAAUGAAAAACCGAAAAAAAACAAGCGACGACCAACAAAGGAAAGGAAAGGACCCCCCCCGCGCACCCCUAAAAAUCCUCUCUCCUCGCCCCCCGCUCAUCUCAGGAACCAGAGGACUGCAAAGGCUUCAGACGCUCCCAGCGCAGGAAAAGGUGGAAAAUCCCAAAAGGUGGAAAAUCCAAAGGUGGAAAAUCCCAAAAGGUGGAAAAUCCCAAAAGGUGGAAAAUCCAAAAAGGUGGAAAAUCCAAAAAGGUGGAAAAUCCAAAAAGGUGGAAAAUCCAAAAAGGUGGAAAAUCCAAAGGUGGAAAAUCCUUCUGCUCCUCCUUAACUUGUGAAGAUUUUUCCAUCAGACCCCCCCAGCCCCGCUCAGAUAAAUCCGGGACCCCCCAAGAGCCUCAUCCCGACCCCUCGGCGGAGCUUUCCCCGCUGGGGUGACCCCGGGAGUGACCCCGGGAGUGACCCCGGGAGUGACCCCGGAUCCCGCCGGGAUGGAGGAUUUGUGUCGCCGCUGUCGCGACAGGGAGGGGUUUGUCCCCAGCUCUGUCCCCGUGCUCGGCCCCGGCUCCAAAAGCGGCUUUGGGGGGCACGGACCCCCCACGGGAGCAAAGCGGGACCCUCAUCCCGGCCGGAAUCACCCGGGACGAUGCUCGGAC